GCCGCAUAAACAAAAACCUGCCCGGAAACAUCGUUUAGAGAAGUUCCUCCUGAGCUUCCUGUCUGGCUGUUAAUCCACUUGUUGAGAAGAGGAGAAGGACAAGCAGAGGGAACAAAGUUAAACCUUCACUACAACUCGGAUAAUGGCGGAAACCGACGGAUAAAAAGCGGUAGUUAAGAAGAAAAAAAACAACCGGAUGACGGCUGAUUUGAACACCAUGUUCGGGAUGAGGGAAGCCGGUGUCUUCGGCGCCUCCGUCGUUCUUGCGGGCGGAGUCGCAUUUGUUAUCUGGAAGUACGCGUCCUCCUCUGGGAAGAAGAAGUCUGAAAGUCGGCCGGAGCAAGUCGGGAAAAGUGCCAGAGAGAAGGGAGAAGGGAAGGAAGAGGGGAGGAGAGAGGAAGCUGCGGCGGCGCCUGUUGUCGCUGCUGAAGCGCAGAAAACAUCAGAGUCCAGGCCUGCGGUGUCAGGGGGGACACAGGUGCUGGUUCUGGGUCUGGACGGAGCCGGGAAAACCAGCCUGCUGCACUGUUUGGCCACCGGCUGCCUGGACCAGGACAUGGAGCCGACGCAGGGCUUCAACGCCGUCUCCAUCAACAGAGAGGACAUGCACAUCGAGUUCCUAGAAAUCGGAGGUAAAGAGGAGCUGCGGCCGUACUGGCAGAGGUACCUUUCCAAAGCUCUGCUGCUGGUGUUUGUGGUCGACUCCUCCGAUCCGCAGCUCUUCCCCGUCACUAAGAAGCAUUUACAUGAGCUGCUGGCCUCUGACCCCCGCCUGCCUUUAAUGGUGCUGGCCAACAAACAGGAUCUUCCGGGAGCCUGCAGCAUCACCGACCUCCAUGAGGCUCUGUCCCUGUCCGAGGUCGGAGACCGUAAGCUGUUCCUCAUCGGCACCCAUGUGAAGCAGGGAGAGACGGAGCUGAGCUCAGGCGUUCAGGACGCUCGGGACCUGAUCAUCCAGAUGGUUUGUGACGGCAAUUAAAACCCGCCGGCCUCCGUUAAAUCCUCGGUCCGUUAGCGUUCGUCACUUAAAUCCUGUGCUUUUGAUAACGUUUAAUCGGCUCUUUGCACUUUUUCACUUUACUGUGUUUUCACUACACCAGGUUGGCUGAAACUCUUAUUUAUUUGUGAGAAAAUAAUUAAAACAACUUUUUUUUUUUCUAAUAUGUAACAGUUGGGAUUAUAAAACUACUUCUCUGAGCUUGAAAAUGUUAAACCUCACUGACUUUAAAUUUGUGUUUCACCAUCAUGUGACACGUAUUACGGAGGAGGAUUAAGGUCACUGAGUUCUGAGUUUAAAGUCAGAUUUCUGAGAAUAAAGUUUAAUUUCAGAAAUGUCCGAACUCUGACUUUAAACUCAGAACUCAAAUAAAUUUCUCACAUGUGGCCCUAAUCGUCUUCCGUACAGUAUAGCUGAUGUGCUCCGUCUCGUUUAAAUGUUUCUUUGCAUUUGAUGUUCUGUCAGAAACUCCUUUUAUUUAAAUCGGUGGCCUUCAGGACAUUCUUACCAAAUUUUAUUGUUCUUUCAUCUUCACCAAAGGUUUUUUUUUUGUCCCAGUGGGGGACGAGUUGUUUCCACAGAGUUAUAAAUGCUUUUUAGUUUACAAGGCUUUUCACUGGUGACUGUUUCUGUGUGCUGCUAAUGUCAUGUAGCGCUGCAGAUGAUGAUGAUGAUGAUGAUGAUGAUAAACAACUGUAGGAGCAGCUCAGGUCGGAGCUGCCUCCAGGUUGUCAGAUGGUACAAAAUCACUGUGGAUUUACUUCAGGCUGUUAGAGUCACUCAGGCCAUCUGCUGCGUACAGUUUUAUCACCAGUGAUGAGUUUUAGCAUCAUAGAAAUACCUAUUUUCUAAAUUUUACUGUCUUGUGAUAUUGUAAACAAAAAAAUAUAUAUAUAUAUGUAAAAGCACCGUCAUACAGUACGAAAGGUUGUUUGUGUGUCAUGAUUCACAGAAUGUUUAACACUUCAAGAUAAAGACUCAGAGCUGUACUUGGCAAGAUUUUAAUGGGAAAAUAAUAAACUCAUUCUAUCAACUUAGAGUUCAAACCGAGGCUGUCAUACCCGCCCGAUAAACAUCUGUUAGAUUUAAACACUUUGUUCUUAUUAAAGCUGUCGUAUCUCUGCUCACAGGAAGUUACCAAUUAAGAUGUCAAAGUAAAACUAAAAAGACAUCUCUGUGCUGUGUUCAGAUUACAGAUGGUACGUUACACAAUUUCUGGGUAUUUAAAUUUUUUCAAACAGUGACCUGUUUCUGCCAUUUGGGGCCGCCAACAUGCUGAGAGCAGCUUUAAUAAAAACUAGUGGAACCUGUUGACACACGAGAAGAGUUUCAACAGUAAACCAAAACUAUUUAAUGUCUAAAUAAAACAGCUGUUUAUUGAUACAGGAACAGUGGUGAAGCUACUUUUAUCAUUGAUAAGUCACCCAGUUACCAAACCUUAACACUACUCAAAGCCUUUCUUGCUUCAGGAGUGUUACUGUUUGGCUUAAAAAAACACUUUUAUGAUACAAGUUCAUUGUUACAUGUUUUUUUUUUUCUUUAUCUUAAAAAGGUCAUUGAAUUUAUCUUCAAAGGGAAUAUAAACCAGAUGUGUUUUAUGUCUUUUAGAUUAGCUUCAUGAGCUGUUUGCUGUUAUUAUUUUUGUCUUAAUACAGUUUAGUUUGGUGAAAUCUGUUUAAUACUUUCUGUCUGCACUGUGGGAUAAAGGUCAAGAUGUACAAAAGGCUUCAUUUGAACAAUAUUUGAGGAAUGUAAAGAUUUCAAACAGCAUAUUUUUAAAAAAGUUCAUUCACAAAAUUCAUAGCUUUAUUCUGACACCAAAACAUAUCCAACAUACAGUAUUGUGUGAACAGAUUCUUCACAGAUUGUUAUACAGUUUUUUCACAUUUAAAUAAAUUGUUUUCAGUAAA